CGUAUGCAAACUUUUCAAGAAUAGAACCUUAGUAGGCAUUUGGUCUGCUUUCUAUUCCUGUACUAGACUGCACUAGAAGUCUCUUUCUUGCUUUCGACAAAUAUCAAAACAAAUAUACUUAUUUCAUUUUAAAUUCCAAAAGUGUACACUGGUUUAGCAUAGAAAAGAGAUCUAUUAAGUUUUCCUGACGCGAAAAGGGGCGUGGUUUUCAAGUUCUGAACACACUGUUACUUCCAUCAAGCUUGCAACACUGGCCGUUACUGUAGACUUUUAUCUUAUCGAUUUGAUGGCAAAUAAAAACCUUGAACUAUAUUUUUAUCACUGUUUUGCAUUAUAUACAUAUGCUAAUUGAAGUAUAAUUGAGAAAGAAAAUCACAAAUUGUUAUAACAAAAUAUGGCUACCAUGGGUGAGCCUCUCACUUUAGCAAGAGAUAUCAAAAGAUCUAUAGAAUUAUUAGAUAAACUACAGAAAGGAGGAGAGGUUCCUACAACAAAAUUAGCAGCAUUACAGAAGGUAUUACAAAGUGAUUUUCUUAGUGCAGUACGGGAAGUAUAUGAGCAUGUUUACGAGACUGUCGAUAUUCAGGGAUCACAGGAUGUACGUGCAUCUGCAACAGCAAAAGCAACUGUUGCUGCUUUUGCAGCUAGUGAAGGUCAUGCACAUCCACGUGUAGUCGAAUUACCUAAAACGGAAGAAGGACUUGGUUUUAAUGUAAUGGGAGGUAAAGAACAAAAUUCGCCGAUUUAUAUAUCUCGCAUUAUACCUGGUGGUGUUGCUGAUAGACACGGUGGUUUAAAACGUGGAGAUCAGCUUUUAUCUGUUAAUGGAGUGUGCGUCGAAGGUGAAAAUCAUGAGAAGGCAGUGGAAUUACUAAAGCAAGCUCAAAAUUCUGUAAAAUUAGUAGUUCGUUAUACUCCACGUGUUCUCGAAGAAAUGGAAUUACGUUUUGAUAAACAGAGAGCUGCUCGUAGGCGUCAACAUAUGCAAUAAAUAUAAAUGUAAAAUAUUUAACUCUCACUUAAAAAGUCCAAAUUUAUCGGCUAUAGUCUACCUAUACGUGUAUACAUUUAAAUUAUUUAUGCUUUAUAGUUAUAAUUUGGCUAGUGUACUAUUGUGAAUUAUAUUCGUAUAUUCAUCCAUUAAUAAAUGUUACACCUAUUAUCUAUA